AUGUCUAUCGAUUUUCCGAAGGAAGAGGAGGCGGUGCUGAAGCGGUGGAAGCAGAUCAAGGCGUUCGAAACACAGGUCGAGCUCUCCAAGGGCAAACAGCCUUAUACCUUCUAUGAUGGGCCUCCGUUCGCGACUGGCCUGCCACAUUACGGGCACUUGCUCUCGUCAACUAUCAAAGACAUUAUUCCAAGAUACUGGUCAAUGAAAGGGCGUUACGUGGAGAGGCGAUUCGGCUGGGAUACGCAUGGGCUGCCCAUUGAAUAUGAAAUAGACAAGAAGCUGGGGCUCUCAGGCAAAGAUGCGGUGGAGAAGAUCGGAAUAGAAGCAUACAAUGCAGAAUGCCGGGCUAUCGUCAUGAAAUUUGCAACAGAGUGGAAGCAGACUAUUGAACGUUUGGGCCGGUGGAUCGACUUCGACAAUGACUACAAGACCAUGGACCUUUCGUUCAUGGAGUCGGUCUGGUGGGUUUUCUCAGAAUUAUACAAAAAGGAUCUUGUCUACAAAGGGUACCGUGUUAUGCCCUAUUCAACAGCUCUCAAUACACCACUCAGCAACUUCGAAGCUCAACAGAAUUACAAAGACACUCAAGAUCCUGCCGUUGUGGUUACAUUCCCUUUACUGAGUGACCCCGAUACGUGCCUCCUGGCUUGGACAACGACACCGUGGACAUUACCCUCUCACACGGGACUUGCGGCCCACCCGGACUUCGAGUACGUCAAGAUCUUUGAUGAAGCAUCCAAAAAACAUUACAUCCUACUUGAAGCGCUCAUGAAGACAUUAUACAAGGACCCAAAGAAGGCAAAAUAUCGCAUCGUCGAACGUAUAAAGGGAAAGGACAUGCUGGGCUGGAAGUACGAACCGUUGUUCGACUAUUUCUACGAAGAGUUCAAAGACUAUGGUUUCAAAGUGCUCAAUGCUACCUAUGUGACGGCGGACAGCGGUGUUGGAAUUGUUCAUCAGUCUCCCGCGUUCGGAGACGAGGACUACAAAGUAGCUCUCGAGGCCGGAGUCAUCAACGAUAAACGCCUGCCUCCAAAUCCAGUCGAUGAAAAGGGUUUGUUCACCGCAGAAGUGCCCGACUUCCAAGGUCAACAUGUCAAAGCCGCCGACAAAGCUAUCAUCAAACAUCUAAAAGGAACCGGUCGUUUGAUCGUUGAUACCCAAUUUACUCACAGCUACCCAUUCUGUUGGCGGUCAGAUACACCCCUGAUCUACAAGGCCGUUCCCGCGUGGUUCGUAAAGGUUCCCGACCUCAUCCCCACCAUGCUAAAAAACAUUGAAAAGUCGCAUUGGGUGCCCAGUUUCGUGAAAGAAAACCGAUUUGGCAGUUGGAUUGCUAAUGCUCGAGAUUGGAACGUGUCACGGAAUCGAUAUUGGGGUACUCCUAUGCCGGUAUGGGCGAGCACCGAUUUCAAAGAGAUUGUCUGCGUCAGCAGCAUAGAGGAGCUUAAAAAGCUAAGUGGCUUUGAGGGCGAGCUGACAGACAUCCAUCGGGACAAGGUAGACCACAUCACCAUUCCUAGCAAGCAAGGCAAAGGCGAUCUACGGCGCAUUGACGAAGUCUUUGAUUGCUGGUUCGAAUCCGGCAGCAUGCCCUACGCGUCAUCUCAUUAUCCCUUUGAGAACACAGAGGCUUUCAAGGCUUCCUUCCCUGGUGACUUCAUUGCAGAAGGCCUGGAUCAAACACGUGGAUGGUUCUACACUUUGACUGUUUUGGGAAAUCAUCUGUUUGGCUGCUCACCAUUCAAGAAUUGCAUCGUGAAUGGCAUCGUUCUUGCCAACGACGGAAAGAAGAUGUCCAAGCGGCUAAAGAAUUAUCCUGAUCCUUCUUUGAUUAUAGAUCAGUACGGCUCGGAUGCUCUCCGACUGUAUCUCAUCAAUUCACCUGUCGUCCGCGCUGAGACUCUCCGCUUUGAUGAAAAAGGUGUCAAAGAAGUCGUUGCAAAGGUCCUGCUUCCGCUGUGGAACUGCUAUAGAUUCUUUUCAGAACAGGCUUUGCUUCUCAAGAAAGUCGAAAAUAUUGACUUCGUGUUCGAUCUCAAAUCGGAGUCAGGCAACACGAACGUGAUGGAUAAAUGGAUACUGGCAAGCUGCCAGAGCUUGCUCAAAUUCACCAACGAAGAGAUGGCCGCAUACCGGUUGUACACAGUCGUGCCGAAUCUGCUGGGGCUGAUUGACAAUACCACUAAUUGGUACAUUCGAUUCAACCGUCGGCGCCUAAAAGGCGAGUUUGGCAUUGAAGAUACCCAGCGAGCGUUGAAUACCCUCUUCGGGGUUUUGUACAUUCUAGUUCGAGCUCUGGCACCUUUCACCCCCUUUCUCACAGAUAACAUCUACCAGCGAUUAUUACCCCAUAUUCCCGAAUCUGAACGAGCGAAGGAUCCUCGAAGCGUGCAUUUCCUCGAUUUCCCCGAGGUCAGAGAAAACCUCUUUGAUGAAGACGUCGAACGUCGGGUCGGCCGUAUGCAAAGAGUCAUUGAGCUCGGAAGAGUCUCGAGGGAACGAAGGACCAUUGGCCUCAAGCAACCACUCAAGACCCUCGUCGUUAUCCAUCCAGACGAGACAUAUCUCUCCGACGUACGUUCCCUGGAGUCUUAUAUCUGCGAAGAACUCAAUAUCCACGAGCUCAUCCUCUCCUCCAACGAAGACAAAUACAACGUCCAGUACAGCGUCACAGCUGACUGGCCCUCCCUCGGCAAGAAGCUCAAGAAGGAGGCUCAAAAGGUUAAGAAAGCCCUUCCCGGUCUCACGAGUGACGAAGUGCGUGGGUUCGUUGAGAACAAAACCAUUACAGUUGCCGGCAUCGAAUUAGACGAGGAAGACUUGAUUGUCAAACGCGGCCUCGGCGACGACGAAGCGACCAACUUCUACGAAACCAACACCGAUAACGACGUUCUCAUCCUGUUAGACACAACUCUUUCUCCCUCCUUAGUUCACGAAGGCAUAGCCCGCGAGGUUGUCAACCGGGUACAACAACUACGCAAGAAAGCGAAGCUGGUGCCUACAGAUGACGUGAAGAUGGAAUAUAAGGUGCUGAGUGAUCCAGAGGAUAUCGGUAUUGAGCAGGUAUUCGAGGGGCACGGGAAAACGUUCGAGAAGGCUUUGAGGAGACCGCUUGAUAAGCAUGUGGUAACGCAGUUUGAAGGGAAGGUGCCUGGCGGAGAUGUCGACGUGGUGGUAGCGGAAGAGGAGCAGGAGGUACAGAAGGCGUGCUUUUUGUUGAGGUUGGUGAAGCUCUAA